GGGGGUAGUGAGUGUAACAAGCCUAUUUGAGAGACUAGACUCUGGGUCCCCAAGUAGAAGGGAAGAUGCUGAUGCUGGAGAAACAGUCACUGCAGGGAGAGUGGGCUCAGCCCCCUGCCAUGUGGCAGCAGAGAACCCUGUGCUUAGCUGUAUGUCUGUGCCGAUCUCUAACCCUUGUCAAGGCUCAGCUUCCUCUUGGUGAAAUGGCUACAGGAAUCUGCCUUGAAGAUGCUUGUGAGGGUGAAAGAAGACAGUGCCCUGGGAUGGUCAAGCCAGCACCCAGCCUGUAGAUCUCAGCAGAGCCCUCACCAUGCUGUGGUCCCUGCUAUUGCUGUUGCUGACUGUGGGUGGAGCCCAGACCACCAGGUCAUGCUUCCCUGGAUGCCAGUGCGAGGAGGAGACCUUCGGCCUCUUCGACAGCUUCAGCCUGACUCGAGUGGACUGCAGCGGCCUGGGACCCCACAUUGUGCCCGUGCCCAUCCCCUUGGACACAGCCCACCUGGACUUGUCCUCCAAUCGGCUGGAGACCGUGAAUGAAUCGGUGCUGGCAGGACCAGGCUAUACCACACUGGUUGGCCUUGAUCUCAGCCACAACCUGCUCACCAGCAUCUCACCUACUGCCUUCUCCCGCCUGCGCUACCUAGAGUCACUGGACCUCAGCCACAAUGGCCUGGCAUCCCUGCCAGCCAAGGUCUUCACCAGCUCCCCUUUGAGUGAUGUGACCCUCAGCCACAACCAGCUCCGGGAAAUCUCAAUAUCUGCCUUCACCACCCACAGCCAGGGCCGGGCACUGCACGUGGACCUCUCCCACAACCUCAUCCACCGCCUGCUCCCUCAUCAAGCCCAGGCUAGCCUGCCUGCACCCACCAUUCAGGGCCUGAACCUGGCCUGGAACCGGCUCCGUGCUGUGCCUGAUCUCCGAGACCUGCCCCUACGCUACCUGUGCCUGGAUGGGAACCCUCUGUCUACCAUCAGCCCAGGUGCCUUCACGGGGCUGGCAGGCCUCACUCACCUGUCACUGGCUAGCCUACAGGGUGUUCCCCAACUAGAACCCCAUGGCUUCCGUGAGCUCCCAGGCCUGCAAGUCUUGGACUUGUCGGGUAACCCCAAGCUUAAGUGGGUAGGACCUGAGGUGUUCUCGGGUCUGGGUUCACUGCAGGAGCUAGACCUGUCAGGCACCAACCUGGUUCCCCUGCCUGAGAUGCUGCUCCGUCACCUCCCUGCACUACAGAGCGUCAGUGUGGGUCAAGAUGUGCGGUGCCGACGCCUGGUGCGGGAAGGUGCCUACCCCCGGCAGCCUAGCUCCAGCCCCAAGGUGAUCCUGUACUGUGGAGACACCCAGGAAUCUGCUGCCAGGGGCCCAAACAUCUUGUGACAAAUGGUGUGGCCUGGGGCCACGUGACAGACUGCCGUCCUGGGCUUGCUCAGGUCCCAACUAACUUAUAUUUUAAUGUGCCAAUGCCGGUGGGGAAUCGACAGGCCUAAGUGGUGUCAUCGAGACAAAGCUGUGGUUCUGGGAUGGCUUUUGCACCUGUGGCCAAUGCCCAGUAACAAAGUCUGCCCCAUUGUCUCAGUUGCCCACUUCCCUGAGCUAUAAGCAGAGGGAUUUCAAUGCCAAACCAGACUCUGGUCCCUUCUUGCAUCCUGCCCCAGUUGUCGCUAAGUGCCUUCCCUUUUGCCUGGACUGACCUGAUCCACAGUGGGAGAAAGGUGGGUGGGAGCCACCACUGCAGUGCUGACUCAGGUCCACUGAGUUGAGGGUCCCCUUGGGCCUCAGGAGCUAGUCACCUUUUCUGUGCUCUGGACCUAUGAGGCCACUUUUCCUUUACUCAUGGAAUCCUGGGUAGAAUUUUAAUUAUAGAAGGGCCUAGAGAGAAAAUCAAAUCUACCUUCUUCAUGAGACAGAUGGGAAAAUGAGGCCUAGAGCAGCAAGCCUGCUCAUCUGAGAUCCUACAGAUAGGUGUGACUAGAGCCCAGCCUCCUGCUGAGACUGGGGGCUCUGCACAUUCCUGUCAUCUAUCCCCUUCCACUCCCUUUGCUGGGUGCCCCUUGCUGUUGUCUGUGCCCUUUUCUCAUUAUCCCCAGCAGCAGCAACAAGGUAAAGAUCACAGAGGUAGGCCUCUAGGUCCAGUGGCCAGCCUUAUGGCAUGAGCAAAGUGAGCCCACCUUUCAGAGCCUCAGGAAGCUUGGGAUGUAUCAGUCCUAAAUCUGUCAGUUUCUUACUCUGGGUGGGAGUCCCCCAUCAUCAAGACUGGAAGUGUGCCCAUUUUCCCCCAAGAGACACUGCCUCUAGAUGCUUCCCUAAGAAGUUCAAUGCAAGUUUGACCAUCUGACUGGGAGCUCCAAGGCCCCUUGUGGUCUCAGUGAUCCCAAGAGCCUAUCUCACCUUACCAGGGGUGUAGUAGAAAGAGUCAGGGUCUCCCAUCCACAUUAUGCUCCACCCCCAGGGUUGCAUCUCAGCUUCCCAGCCCUGGGUUCUUUCCUUUGUCUUCAUUUUAUGUGUCAUUGCCUUUUUUAAUGAACCGUCACUUUUAACCCCCACCUCUGCUGGCAGAGGAUGGAAACAUGUCAUUUGUAAAAGAAGAGAAACAUAUUUGUUCACUUUUGUAAUACUGUGUCCUGGGCAUGUGUUGGGGGUGUUGGACAGAAGUUAGCUAUCAGUGGCCAUGUGAGCAUUGGGGCUGGUCCCCAAGAUACUCAGAAGGCAGUGAGUGCUUUGUCACCCCCACCACCAGCCCAGCCCGACCUGACUGAUCCUUGGUUUAAUAAACACGUAUGAGUUCUUUCCAUCAUUGAA